UGUAGGAAGCUUCACUGCACUCGAAAUUUCAUCCACAUGAACCUCUUUGUUUCGUUCAUCCUACGUGCAAUAUCCGUAUUCAUUAAAGAUGGGGUUCUUUAUGCCGAACAGGAUGGCAACCACUGUUUUAUCUCAACGGUGGAAUGCAAAGCAGUGAUGGUGUUUUUUCACUACUGUGUCAUGUCCAACUACUUCUGGCUUUUCAUUGAAGGAUUGUACCUUUUCACUUUAUUGGUAGAAACCUUUUUCCCAGAGAGGAGAUAUUUCUACUGGUACACUAUUAUUGGCUGGGGUACCCCAACAAUUUGUGUCACUGUCUGGGCAGUGCUGAGACUUCACUUUGAUGAUACUGGCUGCUGGGACAUGAAUGACAACACUGCCUUGUGGUGGGUGAUCAAGGGUCCUGUGGUUGGAUCCAUCAUGAUAAACUUUGUGCUCUUUAUUGGCAUAAUUGUGAUACUUGUGCAGAAACUCCAGUCACCUGAUAUCGGGGGCAACGAAUCCAGCAUCUACUUGAGACUGGCUCGCUCUACACUACUGCUUAUCCCCUUGUUUGGAAUUCACUACACGGUGUUUGCUUUUUCUCCUGAAAAUGUCAGUAAGCGGGAGAGACUAGUGUUUGAAUUGGGACUGGGAUCUUUCCAGGGUUUUGUUGUUGCUGUCCUCUAUUGUUUCUUGAAUGGGGAGGUGCAAUCAGAAAUAAAGAGAAAAUGGAGGAGCUGGAAAGUCAACCGGUAUUUUGCUGUGGAUUUCAAACAUCGUCAUCCUUCUCUAGCGAGCAGCGGAGUGAACGGGGGGACACAACUCUCCAUUCUGAGCAAGAGCAGCUCUCAGAUUCGGAUGUCCAGCAUAAAUGCGGAGAACCUAGCGACAUGA